AUUUUCUAUCGCAAAUAUGGAAUAUUUCUUAUGGCUCAUGGCUCUUUUCCAUACUAAAAAUAGAUGAAUACGUAAAAUAUAGAAAGAAAAAGAUUCAACAAUCACUCCUAAUACUACUGAUGCAUGUACUUUACUAUGAACUAUUCUUGAAAUAAAUAAAUAAACAAAGGUACUAGAAGCUCACAAGAAUGCCAGGAAAAGUAAAAGUUAAAAUUUCAUCUGGGAAAAAUCUACCUGUAAUGGAUAGGUCCAGCGAUACCACGGAUGCCUAUGUGGAAAUAAAAUUGGGAAGUACUACUUUCAAAACUGAUGUUUGUAGGAAAUCCCUGCAUCCCCAAUGGAACACAGACUGGUAUCGUUUUGAAGUUGAGGACUCUGAGCUUCAAGAUGAACCAUUACAAAUUCGCCUGAUGGACCAUGAUACUUAUUCAGCUAAUGAUGCCAUAGGCAAAGUCUAUUUGAACUUGAAUCCUUUAUUGUUGCCUGGUGAUGGACAGUUAAUGUCCUACAGCUUCAAUGGGGACAGUACCACACAUCAUGAAAUAUCUGGCUGGCUACCAGUGUAUGAUACCAUGCACGGAAUCAGAGGAGAAGUGAAUAUCACAGUCAAGGUGGAGUUGUUUUCUGACUUCAAUCGCUUCAGGCAAUCCUCAUGUGGUGUCCAAUUUUUUUACUCUCCCAUGGUCCCUCACGGCUACCAAGCCAAACUGAUCCACGGCUUCGUGGAAGAACUCCUAGUCUACGACGAUCCCGAGUACCAGUGGAUCGACAAGAUCCGCACGCCGAGAGCCUCGAACGAGGCUCGCCAAACUCUAUUCUUCAAGCUCUCCGGCGAGCUCCAGAGGAAAAUCGGCGUGAAAACACUCGAUUUGGGCGGAAACGCCGUUAUUGGGUAUAAGCAAAGUUAUGAUUUGGAGGGAGAGUCCGGGAUUGUGGGCAGGGGAAUAGGUACGGCUGUGACGCUGGUGAAGUCUGUCAAUGUUUGCAGUCCGACCGUCAAUGAGGAGAUCAAAGAAGAGCAUAUUCUGUCAUCACAACCUGAACAAAACGGAGGUACCUGUCAACAGAGCGCUGAGCCUCAGAAGAGCGAACUGUCGCCGGCGAAAAUCAGCAAUUUGAGUCAUCGCAGAUCAUCGGAUUCGGACUUGAGCAUCACUCCGAAAGGAAACAGUUUGACUGGGAGCGACAAAUCUGGAGGACAUCUCAGUGGACACUUCAUGAGAAAUAAUUUGAUGCACCGCUCGAAGAUACACCAGGAGAACUUCGACAUGUUGGAAUACCCCUUCCUGACUAUCUUGAAAUUUCCCCCCGACUUCAUAUCCCAAAUAGGUGGAGCCGUCAGUGCCAGAUCCGUGAAACGGUUAGAGACAAUCAGUAACAUCGAAGAACCAGAAUCGAGAGAUACGUGGUGGUCAGAGAUAAGGAUGGAAAUACGAUCGCAUGCGCGUAGCUUAGGCUGCAACGCGGUUUUAGGAUACACAGAAGCAGCUAGUAUAUGUGAAGAUGUGUGUAUCCUUGGCGCAUCUGGUACUGCUAUUGUUUUAGAUUUCCAUAAGAAUGAGGAUUUCGAAGAUGGUGGCUCAGUGUUCAAGCAGAAUUACCCUGCCAAAGAUGUCAUGAGCGCUUCUCUAGAACGAAACCACUUUGACCGAGAAAAAAUGAAUGGAAGCAAUAAAAUUCCUGAGAGUCCAGAACACCCUAUACAUGUUCCUCAAAAUACACCAUGUGCAAUAAUUCAUCUUCCGUAUGCGUGCAAUAAUGUUCCAUUGAAAGCAACAGUUGGAAAGUGUCUUAUGUGUCGGAAAGGAAGGGUACCAGAAGUCCUAAUAGCCACGAUAGAACCGCCCGAAGGUCUACCGACGACCGGCCGGGGGUGCUUCAUCGAGUCCUACGUGUGCCGCCCUCUCAAAGACGUGAAGGGCGAAUGGAUAGCCAAAGAGAUAUCGGACGGUCUGCCCUUCUUGGAGUACGAGCUGCACAGGCUCCUGAUCAACAAGCUGAAAAUCAAAGGGAUGAACGCGAUAUUCGGACUGAAGUUCCGGAUAACGGUAGGGGAGAAAAUGAUAAUCGCUGUCGCCACCGGCACUGCGGUUUUUCUGCCCGCCCUACCGAGCCCUUCGGUGCCUAAAAUCAUCUCGGAUGAGAUGGCCGACGACAUCAAGUUGGUUAUGCUGCAGAAGCAAUUGAACGAGACGGUCAAGAAGAAUAAGGAAAUUUAUCAAAUCGAUGAUGAGACGCAAAAUUGUAAAGUUUGGUCGGACGAAGAAUCUGAAGAUGAACCAUCAUCGUUGGAUUUAUCUUCAGGAAACAAGGACUGCUGUGUUCUGGAGGUCGACGAUCCCGAGGACGAGGAGGUCCUUCUCUCCCUAAUGAAAGACCGCCCUCCCGACGGUUUCCACGUCGUCAACACCGAAUCCAUCCCCGGCCUCGACGACUUAGAAAUCGUCGAGAACCUGCAGAUGUUCACGCAGAUCCGCAGGUUCAAGUUCCAUCCGACGCUCAACAUCGACGAGCACUUCCGCAAGCUGCUGCAGAGCGUCUACUUCAAGCUGAGGAGAAUGGUGCCGUGUGCCUUGUGCAAUAUUCAGUUCAUUUGCGGGAUACCCGAGGGCGAUGAGGUGCAGCUGUUGGUGUUCGGGAUGGCUUUGGGGUUGGGAAAGAAACAAAGGAAAGGAAAGGCAUCUGUUUUGAAACGAACAGAUGAAGAUAUGAUUUUCAAAUUAGACGAGGACAAUAUUCCAGAAAACGGUGUGUUCUCUGUGAACAAAAGCUCAAAGUUCAAGCAAAAAUCGCCGAUGAAAUAUAGGCAACAAUCUGUGAAACACAGACAUACUCCGCACAAAGAAAGACAUGGUGUCGACAUAACACCUUUAUCCUAUGUACCUGGUGCUAGUAUUGAUAAAUAUUUAGGCAAUUUCAAUUUCUUUUUCAUCAGAGAAACGACUUCUAUACGUGAGGAAGGUGGUCUCAGUGGUUUCUUACAUAGUUUCGUGACCGAAGUGCUAGCUAUAGUACGAGCACACGUCGCCGCUCUCGGAGGGAAUGCCUUGGUGGCCUUCUUCCUGACUGAAUUAUUCCUUCAUCACAAUUUUCAUAAGAAUCAGGGCCAAUGUCUUAUCAAUGUUGGUGGCGAUGUGGUCUCUGUGACGUACCUCAAGGAAGACAGUUGAACCUGUUGACUCGUAUUGCAGUCGAAUCGGUCAAUAAUCAUAAUUACAAAAAAACUUGUUUUUCAAAAUACACUCACCGGCAAAAAACGGCCACCAAAAAAUUUGCAAAAAUUGUUCACCCUGUAACUUUUUUAAUCCUCGUCCGAUUUUUGUGAAAUUUCGAGAUUCAUGUUCCGGAAUGUUAGCCCAAAUAUUAGUUUCCGUGAAAAGCUGAUGACUUGAUAAUUAUACAGGGAAAAACCAAAGUUACUAUUUCACCCCUUACUAUUUAACGCCCUGUGGCGAAAUUGAGUGGUUGAACUUGGUUCAGUUGAUGAAAAUAAAACAUGGUAUUCACUACUGAAAAUUGAACAUGAAAAUUGUAGAUUCAAGAUCAAUUAAUAAAAACAUCCUCUAACUCAUUUGUAUACUGACAUAUCACUCAUAUCAUAUCAUAACUGAGAGGUGUCAAACUAUAAGAAAAGAUUUUCGAAAAAAUCUUAAUUGCAUAUUGGAUUGACUUUCAUUCCAAUAUGUGAAGUCUCUUUCAUAUAACCUCGUAUAAACCUAAUGAGGACUUACUGUAUGUAUCUUCAUUAGAAUGAAAAACAUUUUAUCGAAUCUAUGGCAAUUCUGUAGUCUCUUUCAUAUUUCCUCGUAUAAACCUCAUGAAAAGUUACUGUAAUUAUACAUUUCACAAUUUCCGACACUAUAUUUCUUUUUUGGAACAGCGAUUUUCAUCACGUUUAAACAUAUUUUUCUUCGUCCUGGGAAAAUCUGGACAUAUUUUUUAUCGCACCUUGUAUAUAAAUCGUCAAGAAUAAAUAUGAAUUCCAUACUUCUGGAACUACAACCGUAAUUUUUCGAAUUUUACAAUUGAAAAGUGGAAAUUCAAAAGGAUGUAAGUGCCAAAAAAUGUAAACUGAGAUAUUACAUAAAACAUGCCAAAAAAAUUAAAAUAAAAACAAAACUUCAUAGAAAUAUGUUUAUUGAGUACAGAAUGCACGAUCAUAUGAACUACAUACAAAAUUACACAUAAAAAACGAAGACUUGUAUGAAAAACACUAACUCAAACAUGACAACUGCUAGAAGGUCCAAAGUGCCAAGAACAAGAAAUCGUGAAAAGGCUCUAGUCCAAAGUAGUAUUCUACUGUGAUUCUGUUCUUUCUAUGAGAUCUUCAUAAAACGGAAUAUAUUUCAAUGGAAUAUAGUCCAUCAUGUUUUUUUAGAUUUUUGAGCUUCUCUGCUCUGCCCCAUAAGAAAAGUACUCUGCUUAUCGUGAUUUGCAACAUCAUAAAAUUGUUGGAAUGAUGAUUUUCUCUGAUUGAAUGAUGAAAAUUUGCAGGAAUAUUUACAAGAACAAGUUACUUGCAACAAGAGCAUAAUGUGAGUAUACUUAGUUUACUGAUUUUGAGGUUAACAUUGCUUACCUCUGUUCAGGUGGAUUUUUAGCCGGUAUAAGGACAUUUUUAUAAUUUGUAUGUUGCAAGCCACUAACUCUGCUUCUUCUUCUCUCAUUUCUAACACUCUCAGUACCAUUCUGCCGCCUUUUUACUGCAAUAUUACCGGCUUGUACAUCACCACGUGCGUCCAUUUUGUAUACUAACAAUGUUAAUUAUUUGGGACUUAGACCCUUUUAACGUACACAAGUACAGGCGCUUCGACCCUGCGCAGCUUUCUACAUCACAAAAUGAUUGCUGCCUAUGGCAAAUGGCACAUUGACCGUUUUGUAUGGUAUUGGCCUUGGCACAUAGACCUCAUUAUAGGUUAAAUCUAAAAUUUGGUGAAAGCGGC